AUGAAUACCCUUACAUCCUAUCAUUAUUGUAUCCAAUCAUCUCUAGUGGAUAGCUGCGAUACGAACAAUGGUUGGGCCGAUGUUGAAAAUAAAUGUUAUCGUCAUUUUGAUCAACAACUUAGCUGGGAAGCAGCAAGAACAAGUUGCAGACAAUUGAAUGGCGAUCUAAUAGUUAUUACAAGUGGCACUGUUGUCAAUAUAUUACAAGAUACUUUCGUCAAUAUUACUACUAGUUUUUGGAUUGGUCUCCGUGAUCAAAAUGGUGCCAAUAAUUUAGCUGAUUAUCGCUGGACUGAUGGGACAUCAUUAACUAGUUAUACUAAUUGGGCCAGCGGACAGCCAAGUAAUACUAAUCAACGUUGCGUUACUGCCGACCCUCAAUGGUCAUGGUUCGAUGAAAGUUGUACGCAAUUGGCGAGCUAUAUGUGCCAAAAAAGUAAGUAUUAA